GAAGUGUAGAACGAAGUGGACAUUGUUGCCGUUUGUGUCGCUGUAGGAAAACGGUCGUUUGGUAGAAGUUUUCCCCUCAAGGGGAACCAUACACGAGCAUUCGAAGCAACAAGUGGGAAGUAUUGCAUUGGCAGUGAAGAAUAUCAUUCCCUGGCCGAUAGAACCGUGGCCGAAAUUAUCUACUGUACGGGCUGGUGAAUGGUGAAAACAAAAUCUUUUACUGGCGUAAAACGCAGCACGGUGCGUUACAAAAAUCUUGCGCGGCAAGCCGUGUCGUUCGUCCAUGCAAAAAGGAAAUAUUUUGAAAGUGCUACUGUUUUUUGACACUUACACAUUCACUCACACACAGCGAGGUGCGCGUUGAUGCUGGCGGUGGUGUGCGUGCGUGUGCUAUAGUAGUGUGUGUGGUUUUUGGGUAAAGUGUGGAAGGGAGGGGUGUAGCAAGGGCAGCAGUUUGUGCGACGCGUUCAAGAUCGGUGUGUGAAGAGGAUCGACCGAUCGAAAGAGUGAACGAGAUCGUGAAGCACGAGAACGAAAGAGAGAAAAAGAGAGAACGCCCCGCGGUCGUGCUGGCGUGUGGUGUUAGGGUUGUGGGAGCGUAUUGGUGACCGUCGCAUACUUGAUCGCAUAGUUCAGCAAACGUUAAAGGCAAGCCGAAAGGCAGCGCGCUAGCUUUCAUUCAUUCAAUCUUUUCCGCCGUGCACUCGCAUCGAUGCUUAUGGAAUGGAAUACAUUAUGAUGGUAGGUCUUUCGUCAUGCAUUCGAUCGCACUAAACGCUGCAUAUGCCGCCAGUUGGCACAGAGUCCAACGAGAUCGAAGAACGCAUAAGCUCGCACGGUGAACGGCGCCCGAAUCGAGAGAAACCGUCGAUCCUCUUUAGUGACGUGACGAACAAUAAAAACAAACCCCACCCCCCCAUCAAAACGAAUGUAGCUGCUGAUCCUGCGGAUGGUACUGCAGAACGAAAGUAAAUCGAUAAAGGGUCUGGUACCCGUGCACGACGGUGGUAAUGGUGACAGUAUUGAGACGGACAGCAUUAUGGACAGCAACGUAAAUGGCCCGUCUGAUGCGGGCCACCACUCAACAACGGGUGGCGGGAGUAGUGGAGGAGGAGGAGGAAGUAUAGCUACGUCGAACGGUGGCACAGUAGAACGAAUGUCCCACGAACAACCCGUGAUCAAGCGGCAGCGAAUAGAGCACGAUCGUGGUAACAGUACCGAUGCGGGAGGAGGAGGAACAGUAGGAGCAGGUAACACUCACCAACAUGGACAAGGUAGCUUGGGUAAUAGUCCCGAAACUCGAGCUAAUGGUAUGGCAACGACUAGUACAACGCCUGCGAGUUCCAGCGGGAACUCAUCGAACGCAUCGUCCGCCUGUUCAUCCUCUACGUCUCUUUCAUCCUCGCCUUCCUGCUCCUCGACAAAAUUAGUUCCGUCCUCGUUAGAUCAUUCUUCGGACGAUGAACAGCAGCAACAUUCCAUCGCAAAGCCGUUGGUACACGGGUCGAAUGUGACACACCCGGAACACCCCGCCGAAGAUUAUCAUGCCGCUUUUCAGGAAGCGAUUGGACGGCAAUGUCUGUGUACGAUCGAUUCCAGCGUGCUGGUGUUGUCGUUUAAGGCGCAUCGUAGUACGUACAACCACGCGGCGGUCCAGUCGGAUGGUAUCGCGGACUCUGCACCACCACCACUGUCCGAAUGGCCGUUCGAGCAUUUGCUGAAAUUCCUAUCGAACGUACAGCUACUGUUCGAUACGUACUUGAAGCAGAACAUUAAGGGUAACAUCUGCGCGGGCGUGAUGGAGCUCUGUAACUAUCUCAUCCGAAGCGAUGACCAUCCGCACCUGCAACAUCCGCAUUUACGCCUGUACAGGGUUAACAGUCCCACUUUUGCGGGGUUCCCAGCAUUAGACAUCGAUGAGCUGAUCGGGUUGUGUAGCUGCAACAACAAGUAUGUUAGUUAUUUGGCGGGCCGCAUACUCUCCUCCUUUCUGAUCAUCGUCAAAGACGAUCCAGACGAUGACCGGUGGUUGGAAAAGAUUGUGGCGAAUCUGUUUGACUUCGGCCAUUUGGAUCUGCAUGCGGUACGAAAGAUCAACGCAAGUCUUGAGGUGAUCAAGCGAAUCGUCGAAUGGAAGGACGAAACCGAACAUCCGCUCGAGGAGGAAGCAGCGGGUGGUGCGUCGGGUGGUGGUGGCGGUACCGGUGGUCCCGCCGAAUGGUCUUCCCCGGGCGGAGGAUCAAGCUCCGGAAAUGUAGGAGUUGUAGCUGCGGGAGCACCAUCACUGGCGGAUAAUUACUUCGCAACGCAUUACGCAUCGCACCAGUACGCGAACGAUGACGGUGCGUCGAGAAACAUUUUCCACCCGGCGGGUGGAAUGUCCGGCGAAUCAUCAUCUACCUCGUCGCCAUCGUCCUCCGGUACGGCAUUGGCUUCGGCGACCAAAGCAUCGGAACCACCGGCGGCAUCUAGUCAUCCAGGUACGCACAGUACUAACCAUCCACUGCUAGCGGGAGGCGAAGGUACGGGACCGUGCCGGUACAUCACGCUUACCGACUCGGAAAGCUUCGACACGACGCGCAUCAAGUUCGAAACGAUCAACAUACUCGGUGGCAAAUGGUCCGCGCUGGUUAAGCACAUCAGUUCGCUGAUACGGGCGCAGGCAAACAGCACGAACCCGGCCGUGAUGGUUGCGACCGAAACCUGCAUCCUAACGUUUCUUCGACUGUGGGAAAGUAUUAUCAGUGUGAAGGCGAACCUUUCGGUGGUGGAGACGCAACCAUUCCAUUCGCAGCUGGAUAGCUUCCAGCUGCUGCUGCUCGUCACGAAGAAUGCGGUCAUUUAUAGGCAAAUGUUAACGCUGUUUAAUGAGGCGCUCUGUUACGGCAGUACGCUAGCAUUGCAGGAUCUCAUCCCGGAGGAGGUUGGUAGCCUGGCGCAUAACAUCGUACGUUCGGUAAAGGACUAUCGGAUAUUGGACAAGAUGCCCAAAUCGUCGUACAGCAAUCAUCUCGGCUUUCUUGGAUAUCAGGGUGAGAUUGUACGCUACCAAAACAGACGGCUAGCAAGGUUGCAUGAUCAGACGACCGGUAGCGGGAGUGUGCCAUCGCAACAACCGACGGUGGUAGCUACACCCGAAACGUGUUACGAUCGCACAUUGCUGCAGAAGAUGGCUUUGCUGGUGUUGAAGGCGGUCGCUGUCAUUGUGAAGGAGAUCCGGUGCGAUUCCAGUGAUUCUAGCGUCGAUAGCAGUGACUUCGACAUGCAGGAGAUACAGAUGAUCGAGCGCAGCAUCCGGGACGUGGUGAAGAAGCUGGAAACGUUUCUGAAGGCACAGCUGGAGUUUCAUCCCGAGAGCCACUUCAGCAAGGUGCUGAUACACCUGUUCGACGAUCAGGACGACUAUCUGGUGGAGGCGAUGGUGUGCACGCUGGACGUGACAUCGGGCAUCUCCUUCCGGAACAAUGCGUUCCCGGAGCUGAUCGCGAUGCUGAACCCAGUGUACACGUUUAUCGAGUUCUCCAACCUUGGACCUAACAUUACGCAUCUGUUUCUCGAUCUGCUGAUCAGCCCGGAAACGUGCUUUCUGCUCUUUCUGCUACGCUUUCUGAAGUACAUCCGGCAGAACUGGGCAAUGUUUACGCAGAGCUGCUACAACUACUACCGGCACAAUAGUUACAGCAAUGCGGCAACGUUGCUGCAACACCGGUUACGUGCGGCAACCGGUAGCAGCGCCGGUUUGGUGUCGGGUGCAAACGUUGCGAACGCUUCCAGUCAUGGAGGCGACCAUUCUAACGCGGCAGUUGCCGGUGGAACUAAUGCGAAUGUCAUACUGGACAGUGUUAUGACGGUGCUGAUUAGCUUACGGUUGCAGAUCAGUCGGCUCGUUGCCGACACACUGUUUCCCUACAACAUCACACCGAUUUUGAGAUUAAUCGAAAACUGCGAAAGUCUUUACGAGGGUAACGAGCUGAGCUGAAGUGUAGCGGGACGAAUUUCAGAAUGUGUCUCCUCAGAAGUUUUUGGGAGAUAUUCGAUUUGCCGUUACACCGUUCUUCUCACAGCGAGGUUUAGGAUCGGACAAACGAAAUAUGUAAUAUACCUAACCGUACGCUUUCCAAUUCUCCCGUAGAAAUUAUGCAACAAAAGUACAAUUGUUUAACAACGCAUCGAAAUGUGCGUGCCUUAAGCGAUAAGCGCUCUCUUUCUGUGUAUGUUUCCAACAUUUCUCUCUCUUUUUGGCACGCCGGAAUGUUUUUUUUUGCUUUUCACACCUUUUGCAAAUGGAUCGAAUCCAUUCCAUAGUUCGAUACGUGUCUAUUCUAUCGAUUAGUUUUUAGAUUUGUGGAACUGAAUUGUACAAUGCUCACCAAACGCUCUGUUUAUAUGCGCGUUCUACGUAGGAAUAUUGCAAAAUGGCCGCAAAGUUCGUCUUUCGCUAGCGAAACUGUUGGUUUUAUGUACAUACCAUGUAGAUAAGUGUUUUACCUUUACGUGCAGUCUUCCAUUGCAAUUCCAGUGUGUGUUUUUUUUUUGUUUACUGAAAACAAUUAGGGGAGGGACGCUGCAAUCAACCCGCAAAGAAAGCAAACGUCCACUAUUCAAUAAUUCCCACUAAUAAGGUGCUGUCGAAUGCUAAUCUUGCCGAUUGAUGAUGUUGUUCUUUUAUUGCCCAACAAGACCACUCACUCACUGUACAAAACUAGUUCAGCGCAUACGCAGAGACGGUAGACGGAAACGAAAAACCCCUGUAACCUUACCUGUAGGCUAGACAAUGAAGUGUGUAAACUUUACGGUAGAAAGUUUUAGUUUAAUUUAUAUGUGCUAUACAAGUGCCUGAAUUAGGUGCCUUUUUUAUAUUAACGAACCACCCAGCCUACACUUUGUCUGUUCUGUCCGCGUAAUGUGUGAGUGUAUUUUAUUUUUGCGCCACACGUUGAUCACACGUACGUUAAUUUAAUUUAUCCAUUCAAAAGAACGCAUGUUUUUGCCGCCGACUCUCUGUCUCGCUGUACAUAAGGUUUAAUGCGGUGGAAACUUACGCGAGCAGAGCUGGGACGGAGGUGUGGACAUAUCGUAUCGAACAGGGACCCUCCAGCAUUAGAUUGUAAUAAACUAUUUAAUUGAUUUUUAA